CAAAAUACAACAUUUAUAUUACUGAAAUGGACCCAUCAAUGAAACUUGCACGAAUUUACUUGUGAACUAGGGUAGAGAAACUAAAAACUAUGCAGCAUGUUUGGGAGGACUACUUUAAAGGUUCCUAGCUUCUUUAGCAGUUAUCAAACUCUACAUACAAAUUAAGAAAAUUCAUUCUUAACUCAUUAUCUUAAUUUUUAAAAUACAAACUUAAAUUAAAAUUGCUCACAGCAACACAACUAUUUUAUCAUUUUUUGUGGUUGUGUUUUUUUAAAGGAGGAUGCACAGAGAGAAAUGAGAAGGAAUUUAUAUAUAUUGUUCAAUAAUUUCAUCAUGUUCAUAGUUGAAAAAGUAAGUAGAUUAGGUAAGUAUUCCAAUAUAAAGAAGCAAUUGCUAAUUAUAUCAAGCUCUUCCAACAAGUAUAUUUAGAUUCCAAUCCAAAUAAUAAUAGGAGAGGAACUAAUUAAAUUCUGGUAGUGUGAUUGCUUCAUUUUAAAUAGACUUAAAGAGAACUUAUAUCUCUUGGAUACUUGA